AUGGCUGCAACAAGAGUCCUCGCCUUGCUUGCGCAAAGCAUCAUCCAGCUCCCGCAGAGGGUUGGCAGUGAGCUGGACGACAGCAAGCACGAGCACGUGCAGCAGCUUAUGGAGCAGCUGAGCCUGGAGACGACUCGGCUGCUGCAGGAGCUGGAGCGGGGCGCCUUUGCCUGGGGAGCCCUGCUCUUCGCUGCCUUACAGCAAUGGCAGUUCUGGGCCAUUGCAGGAGUGAUGGUCCUGCUCUUCAGGCUCUGCUGCUGGCUCAGGAAAAGAAGGAGCCAACGGCCAGACAGCAGUGAUGAAGAGAAGAGCUCCAGCAGCAGCAGCACAGAGCUGGAGGAGGAAGGAAGUGGAGAAGAUUCUGAUGAUGAGGGGCAUCCUCUGAUGACAAGGAUUUUUGCAAAGCGCAUCUGGUGUUCAGUGGAGAGCAUGGCCUACGGGAGACAGGUGGUGGAAGAGCUGGUGGGCGACGUCCUGGUUGUCUUGCAAGAACGCCUGUCAAAUAGUUUCUUCCCGGUGCUGCAGCCAGCCAUCGGGGUGGGCAGCACCUUUGCAGGUUGGAGUCCCGCUGGGCAUGAUGCUGUCUACCGCCUGCUCGUGCCCCUGAAGCCUCCCCAUGGCCAUGCCUUCCACUUGGAGCUGGGCACCGCAGGGCAGAUGCCGGCAAAGAACUGCGUCCGUGUGGAGCUGGAGUGCACCUGCACGAGGGACCAAUGUGUGGAGGACAUGCUGUGCUUCCUCCACCACCCUGAGGAAGCGCUGCAGAGAAAUCUGGAUUCCACCCUCCUAAGCACCUUCUGCACCGGCUUCUACCUCGAUGCGCAGAAAAUUGCCCGCUGGUUUCAGAACUUGGUGAUCUCAGCCUGGGGGGAGAUGACUCAGUCACGUCACUACAGUAUGGAGAUGCUGCCUUCCAGCCGCUCCUGCAAGCUGCAGCUGACAAAUGCCUCUGGGAGAUCCCUCUUGGUUGAGAUGGUGUUUGGGGUGCAGCAAGGCAACUCGGACAUUUUCCUCAGCAGCCAGACUACAGAGGCCAUCUUCACCCCAAGCACAACUUGGGCAGAGACCUACGCUGUGGCAGAGGCAAAGUUCUUCAGGUGCAUGGCCAGGCAGGCCCCGCGUGACACCCUCUACCUCAACUGCCUGCAGCUCUGUGCCAGUAUGCUUGUGAGCGCAGGCUUUUCCUCCUAUACUUGGAAGACGGUUGUCAUGCACCUCCUCAACACCAUACCCCCGUCAAGCUGGGGCAGGUGGGACUUCAUGAUGCGGCUGCAGGAUAUUAUGUGCUACCUGCAUGGCUGCUUGGAGGAGAAACGCCUGGACCACUUCUUCUUCGGGAAUGAGAACAUGCCUGAGGACAUCAUCUUGCCCGCAGCCUUCCAAGCAGCUGAGCCGAUCAACCUCUUCCAGUGCCUGGUGCAGGACCCAGCUGCCCAUGCCAAGGCAUGGCGUGAGUUUGAGGAACUGCAAGAUCGGCUCACAAGACUGCAGGUCUUUGGCGUCUGA